AAUUAACUAGAAUUAAAUAACGCAAUUAAUUUUUGAAAAAAAAACGUUGAUAGAAAGGAGAAAAAUGGAUCGCAGCGUCGUCCCUAUAUCUCUCGCUCCCUUUCAAUUUCUCCUUGUAUUUUGGAUCUUUCUUACUUCCGUACACACAAACCCAAACAAACAACAAAAAACUGUUGUCUCUCUCUCUCUUUGGUGGAAUUCAAAAAAUCGAAUUCGUGGUUGCGUUUGGUUUUUCUUCCUUCUUCGGGUCACGAGAACAAUGGGACAACAAAAUUUGAUCUACAGCUUCGUCGCUCGUGGUACGGUGAUUCUCGUCGAGUAUACAGAAUUCAAAGGAAAUUUCACUGCCGUCGCUGCACAGUGUCUCCAAAAGCUUCCUUCUUCGAAUAACAAGUUUACAUACAAUUGCGACGGACACACGUUCAAUUACCUCGUCGAGAAUGGCUUCACGUAUUGUGUUGUUGCUGUUGAAUCUGUUGGGAGGCAGAUUCCUAUGGCUUUCUUGGAGAGAGUUAAGGAAGAUUUCAACAAGAGAUAUGGUGGUGGUAAGGCUACCACUGCUCAAGCCAACAGCUUAAACAGAGAGUUUGGGUCGAAACUGAAGGAGCACAUGCAGUACUGUGUGGAUCAUCCUGACGAGAUUAGCAAACUUGCCAAAGUUAAGGCUCAGGUUACUGAGGUGAAGGGUGUUAUGAUGGAGAACAUUGAGAAGGUCCUUGACCGUGGUGAGAAAAUUGAGCUUCUAGUUGACAAAACUGAGAACCUUCGUUCACAGGCACAAGAUUUCAGAACACAAGGAACAAAAAUAAGAAGAAAGAUGUGGUUUGAAAACAUGAAGAUUAAGCUCAUAGUCCUCGGUAUCAUCAUUACCUUGAUUCUCAUCAUCAUCCUCUCUGUUUGCGGGGGAUUCAAGUGUACCUAAAACUUGAAAGAAUAAGAAGAAUACGUUGCGAGAUUACCAGCCCCAUAUUGCUCUACUAAGCUCAUUGGAACUUCUCCCGGUAUAUGCCCUUCUUUUUCUUCCUGUGUUCGAGGUCACUCUUUACAUAUAUACUUUUCCAUUUGAUUUUGUUAGGAACGAAAUAUGAUAACUUAGUUCUGAGAAAUGAUACUUUUAGGGUAUGCUUGUCUGAAAUAGAUGUAAGCUGCUGGGGUUUGCUUAUAUAGAAAUUAGGUCUUUCUGCUCUCAUGGUGAUGAUAUGUUUUCUGUAAUCUAAAAUCUAAUGUUGAGUUUUUGCUGUUUUCUUCAAUCUCUUUACUUUUUAUUUUUUCCUCUUGUUGAUGCUAACCAAAUGAAUGAAACCAUGAUCCCUCUGUUACAGUUUUUUUGUAUUGUCCUAAUGUGUGAAA